AUGACGACGUUGAAGCGGGCAGCAGUUCAGGGCGCAAGUGUUGUUUCCAAGAAACCCAAGACCAUCACUGACUUCUUCCGGUCACUGGAAACGAUAAGAACCGUUUCAACUUCAUCCAAACUACCCCAAACCCAAAAAUCACCACUUCCCAAGCCUUCUCAACAAACUCCAAAUUCCACUCACGAUGUUUCUGAUGACCCAGACUACUCCAAGUUUUGCUCCCAGCAUAACUUCAACAAAGAAGAAUGGGUGGCACUGCUUUCGGAAGAACAAAAAUCACUUCUUGCACUUGAAAUAGCCAAUCUCCAUGUUUCAUGGCUCGCUUUUCUUCACAAAACAAUCACCCAGCCAUACUUUCUCAACUUGAAACGGUUUCUUGCCAAGCAAGUGGGCAAAACCAUUUUUCCGCCGUCGUCACAAGUUUAUUCUUGGUCACAUUACACUCCACUUCCUACCGUCAAAUGUAUAAUAAUGGGCCAGGAUCCAUACCAUAAUCACAACCAGGCCCAUGGGCUAGCCUUUUCAGUCCUCGAACCCACGCGUCCUCCCCCGCUGCUUUUGAACAUAUACAAGGCACUCAAGUUAGAUUUCCCCUCGUUUGAAGUUCCCGACUACAAAACGUUGGCUAGUGCCGGCAAGCCUGGAGGCGGCAACUUGACCAAAUGGGCCAAGAACGGGGUGCUCAUGCUCAAUGCUGUGCUCACGGUGGAGAGCCACAAGGCCAACAGCCACGCUGGCCAGGGAUGGGAGAAAUUCACCGAGGAGGUUUUGCGGGUUGCAAUCGAGUACUGUGCAAAAACACCAAAUAAUGGCAUUGCAAUAAUGGCAUGGGGCUCCCCGGCCCAGAAACGAGUGCUGAUGUUCAACAAGCAAUUGGCAGACUCCAACAAAUAUAUCGUGAUUAAGAGUGUACACCCUUCUCCGCUUUCGGCCAGCAGAGGAUGGUUUGAUCUGCAUGUGUUCCGCCAAUGCAAUGAGUGGAUGGGAGAGCACGGGUACACGAAGGUGGACUGGGGGGUGAUGGAGGGCAAUGUUGUGGAGUAG